GCCCUGCGACUGUCUCUUUUUCCGCCUGUAUUCGCGAGUGUUGGUUGGUGGUCGUUUCGCAUCCGCUGCCAUCCGCUCGGGGCUUAGCCCGCCGACCCUCCCGCCGCCAUGCCGCCCAAGUUCGACCCCAACGAAAUCAAAGUCGUGUACUUGAGAUGUACAGGAGGUGAAGUUGGUGCCACUUCCGCCCUGGCUCCUAAAAUUGGGCCUUUGGGUUUGUCGCCCAAGAAGGUGGGCGAUGACAUUGCCAAAGCCACCGGCGAUUGGAAGGGCCUCCGGAUCACCGUGAAGCUGACCAUCCAGAACAGGCAAGCUCAGAUCGAGGUGGUUCCGUCCGCCUCCGCCUUGAUCAUCAAGGCUCUGAAAGAGCCACCUCGUGAUCGCAAGAAGCAAAAAAACAUUAAGCACAGCGGCAGCAUCAGCUUCGAUGAGGUUGUCAGCAUUGCCCGGCAGAUGAGGCACCGAUCCUUGGCCCGGGAGCUCUCCGGGACCAUUAAGGAGAUUCUGGGAACAGCUCAGUCUGUUGGCUGUAAUAUUGACGGGAGGCAUCCUCACGACAUCAUUGAUGACAUCGAUUCUGGGGCAGUUGAAUGCCCAGCGAGCUAAAACCUUGGCCGACAUGGAUUUUCCCCUGCAAGUUUUGUAAAGGAAAUCUCUAUAAUAAUAAUAAAAAAAACUCCUGAUUCUCAA